AACUGGUGAACUGGAUUAUUGAACUGGAUUAUUAAAACGAACUGUCCGAAGAACCAGUUCGCGGAAAAGAACCGAACUUCCCAUCACUAGUUAGUAGGGUAGUGUAGAAGGAGUCACAUGGGUUGAGUCUCUGUAUGAGAUGAGAUUUGAUCACGUGACCAGGCUGACUUUUCCCCCAGUUUAGAGGAGAGUUGCUGUCACACAAAGUCAUGGCGUUUUUCACUCACCACAUAACCCGAGCUUUGAGCUGUUCUACACUCCGAAACGCUGCCAUUAAACAUGUUACUGUUAUCGGAGGAGGAUUAAUGGGCUCAGGAAUCACUCAGGUUGCCGCGGCGACUGGACAUUCAGUAGUGCUGGUGGACAUGUCCGAGGACAUCCUGAAGAAAUCCACCAAGGGCAUCGAGGGCAGUCUGAGGAGAGUAGUUAAAAAGAAGUUUUCAGAUAAACCUGAGGCUGGAGAGGAGUUUGUUCAGAAGGUGCUGAAGAACAUUUCCACGAGCACAGACGCUACGUCAGUGGUGCAGAGCACUGAUUUGGUGGUGGAGGCCAUCGUGGAGAACCUCAAAGUGAAACAGGACCUCUUCUCUACACUGGAUAAAGUGGCACCAGAACACACCAUCUUUGCCAGCAACACAUCCUCAAUUCCUAUCGCGGACAUCGCCGUCUCUACGACUCGCUUAGACCGGUUUGGAGGGAUCCACUUCUUCAACCCCGUCCCUAUGAUGAAGCUUGUGGAGGUCAUUCAGGCUCCAGGAACAAGCCAAGAAACAUUUAACGCACUCCUCGAUUUUGGCAAAGCGUUAGGAAAGCAUCCGGUGUCAUGCAAAGACACUCCAGGCUUUAUUGUAAACCGGCUGCUCGUGCCUUACCUAAUGGAGGCGGUGCGACUACACGAACGAGGACACGGUUCCAAGGAGGACAUCGAUGUGGCCAUGAAGCUCGGAGCCGGUUAUCCCAUGGGUCCGUUUGAGCUUUUGGACUAUGUAGGAUUGGACACGUCUAAAUUUAUUAUAGACGGUUGGUAUCAGAUGGAACCAGAAAACCCGCUGUUUUCUCCAAGCCAGCUUCUUAACAAGCUUGUGUCCGAGGGCAAGCUGGGCAAGAAAACCGGAGAGGGUUUCUACAAGUACAAAUAAGCGGAACAGAGAUGAACCUGAACUUUGUAUUCUUGGUUUAAAAAAAACACAAAAACAAACAUGAACAAAAAGUCCAGAGAGCUGAUGAGGAACUAAUGGAUCAUUAAACAGUAGUCAUGCAAUAGUGAAAGAAAAAAAAAGAAUGAACACUAGUGCCUUGCUGUUUUGUAAACACAUGUUCAGAACAGAUCAUCAUGAAUUCAUGUGCACUUCAUACCGUGUUAGUUUUGCAUGUAGUGCUACAAUUAAAAAAGUGAUUUCUUCAA